AUGGAGAUAUCCGAAGUUUUCACGAAUGCAACAAAGAUAGGUAAAGGAACUUAUGGAACCGUAUACUCUGCUAUUUGGACAUCUACCAAUGAAGUUGUUGCAAUCAAGAAAAUGAAGAUAGAGAGCUCAAAUGAAGGAAUUCCAUGUACUUCAUUACGAGAAAUUGCAAUUUUGAACAACUUUAAGCACAAGAACAUAGUAGAGUGCAAGGCAGUAAUGCAUAGCAAAAACAGUAUUCACGUAGUUUUCGAGUAUUGCAGAUGGGAUUUAAGAAAAUUCAUCAAAAAAGAAAAUUAUAGUAUCCAAUACUCACAAGUAAUAUCAUUUACGAAGCAGCUCUUAGCAGGAUUGAACUUCUUACAUAUGAAUCAUAUCAUUCACAGAGAUAUCAAGCCUCAAAACUUACUAAUUACAGAAGAUUUAUGUUUAAAACUCGCCGAUUUCGGACUUUGUAGGACUUCGAACAUACCGACGAAGAAACUCUCAUCAGAGGUAAUUACGAGAUGGUACAGACCACCCGAAUUAAUAAAGGGAAGUACGAAAUACGGAUGCGAAGUUGACAUUUGGAGCGCAGGCUGCGUAGUUGCAGAGAUGUUAACGGGAUCAGCGCUGUUUCCAUGUGACAGUAACGAAGAAAUGCUAAAUGAAAUCGAAUUUACGCUGAAAAAUGAUUUUCAAAUUUUGUAUCAGAAGUUGAACCAUUGUGAUAAUGGAAUGUUCGAGCUAAUAACAAGAAUGCUUGAUCAAAACCCUGCUACAAGAAUCACAGCUUCUGAAGCUUUAAGACAUAGAGCUUUAUCUUAA